AUGUCCAAUAGUGGGUCAGUGUAUACAGUUCCUAUAAAACCACUUCGAGACCUUUUAAACCCGAAAUUUGAAGGGUAUAAGCUAAAAGUUUUCGAUGAAAAUUCGCGAUUACUACACUUUCAGCUUCCACCACCCGGAAUAAAAUUAUCUAAAAUUCCAACAAAUUUAAAAUUAUCAUAUAAAGAAAUUCAAAGUCGUAGUCAUUUUAAUCAUUUAUUUAAAGGCUUCGAAACAAAAGAAAGAGGAAUUUGUUUCUAUUUUGAUUCGGAAAAUUUUGUGAUAUUAAUCGAAUAUGAUAGGGUGAUAAGUAAUGAUGCAGUAACGCAUCGACUUCUAAAGAUCCAACAAUCAAAUUAUUCUGAAAUUGUUGGGGAAAAUAAUUCUUCACGUCAAUUAUAUUCAAAUUAUUCUUCCUUGCGAGCUCUCUCAUCAAAUUUAUUACUCGUAACAAAUGGAUCAGGGGAGAUUGCUCUUGUCCAAAUUAAUAAGAAUGAUGAUACAAGUUUAUACUCUUCCCAAAUUUUAUAUCAGAUUGGGUUUCAAGGACAUUCACCAAAGCUUCAUUCGAAUUAUAUACCAUGUGUUUUACUCGACGGUAGAAUUGUGGGAGAUGAAAUACUAUUUAUAGUUUAUAAUCCUGUUUUAAAUCCCACGUCAAUUGUUCCAACAAAAGAAGUGCAAAAUGUUUUAUUCGAUAUUAGUUUAUUACAAAUGGCAUUGACACCACCAUUUGAAAUGAAAAUUAUUCAUGUUCUUCGUGGACCAGAUAUUCCUUUUUAUUGUAGCAUUGAAUCUGACGGAACAGGGUAUGUAAUUGGUAGCAAUUCAGGAUAUGAAGUAGUGUAUAAAUCAUCUACUCAAGAUGACACUGUAGAGCCAAUGGACAUUGAAAAUGAUAAUGAAAAUGAUCAAAUGUUAUUAGAGCAAAAUGAAAAUUCAACAACUCAAGAUAAGAAGAUCUCACCAUAUAUUUGGACACAAACUCCUACAGAUAUUACUAUUUAUUUUGAAUUACCACGAGGAACACCGAAAACUGCCAUUCAUUGUAAUUUUUCUCAAACUCAUCUUUCAUUAACAGUAAAUCUUGGUGAUACUCCAACUUACACUUCUGAACAUCCUCCCAUUCCUUGUUAUGCGUUUACUCGUCUAUUUGACCUGAUUGAUCCGAGUGUUUCUUUGUGGACUAUUGAACCAAAGAUUGGCCUACUCACAUUACACCUUGAAAAGCAUGAUCAUAGUAUGCGUUGGUCACAUGUCUUCCAACAUGAUGAUGGAGUUUUUGAGACCCUUGACCCAAAUGAAUUUGCUGAAUUCCGCGAACGUUUGGAAAAAUUCACCGCAGAUGCCAAUGAACAAUUAAGUCAAUCGGAGUUCAAGCGUCUUCAACAUCCAAUUGGUCAUGAGAUGGAAGAGUCCAUUGAUUAUGAAGGACAUUCAUCCGUCUUUAUGUGGUUUGAUCGAGAUGGUAGUUUAACAGCAAAAGCAUCUGGUGGUAAUGAAUAUCUUUGUAAACAGUUUGAAAUCUUAGAAAAUACUGGAUAUUCUGACAAUUUAUCGUUAUUACCUUCUGUUUGUUUGAAAUCGGACGUGGAUGGAAUUGUAUAUUCAAUUAGACAUCCAACCGAUUCUUCUACAUUAGCCGCAUCACCUUUAAUCAUUACACAUAUAGCAACUUUUAAUGCAUUUGCAUUUGUUCAAGCUUCUAAAAGGGAAAAGCGCUUUGUAUAUCACGAUCCAGCAAAUCGGUUCGUGAUGAUUCUUGAAGGAGAUCAUCGAGCUUUUAUUUAUAAGCGUCAUGAAAGUAGUGAGAAUCAUGAUGAGCAAUUUGUUAUAGAAUUGGCAGUCAAUUCUAACGACGAUUCAGAAAUAAUUG